AUGGCCAACCACCUCCGCUACAACAUCUACGACCUCGACCUCAGCCACGUGCAGAACACAACGCUGCAGUGGCUGCUCCUCACCAUGUCCGACAAGUCCAUCCUUGUCAUCGAGGACAUCGACUGCUGCUGCGAUGCCAUGUUAAGGGAGGUGGACAGCAAGGAGAGGAAGACGCCGGCGAGGACUUGCAAAGAAGACGGCGGCGGCUCAUCAGAAACUUCGGACGGUACGCCGUCGCCCAAGCUCAAAUCGGAGAUCACGCUCUCGGGGCUGCUCAACUUCAUCGACGGGCUGUGGUCGACCAGUGGCGAGGAGCGCCUCAUCGUCUUCACCACCAAUUACAAGGACCGGCUUGACCCGGCGCUGCUGCGGCCGGGGCGCAUGGACAUGCACGUCUACAUGGGCUACUGCUGCUGGGAGGCAUUCAAGACUCUGGCCCGGAACUACUUCCUCGUCGACGACCACCCCCUCUUCCCGGAGAUACAGGAACUGCUUAUGGCGGUGCAGGUGACGCCGGCCGAGGUGUCCGAGAUGCUGCUGAGGACCAAUGAGCCUGACGUCGCGCUCCGGGGUCUCACGGAGUUCCUCAUAGAGAAGAAGCAGGGACAGAGCAAGAUGGAGGAAGUGCAUGAAGAGAACUAA